AUGGUAAGAAGGUUGGGUGGCAAUAGCAAACCGGGUAGAGAAAUCUUGAAGACCUCGUUGCACCUAGUGGAUGAGUACCACACAGCGAACGAAGUUAGACAGGAUGUGGUCCGACAGGAAAGGCCAAUGAUAACAUGGAAGCCUCCUGCUCGGGACCAAUACAAGGUGAAUGUCGAUGGUGUGGUCUUCAAACAUAGGAAAAAGGCGGGAAUUGGUGUGGUGAUCCGGGAUAAAAAUGGGGUGGUAAUAGCGGCCUUAAGCAAAUCAAUAAAUGACCCUCUGGAAGCAGCAGAGGUAGAAGCAAAAGCAAUGAAAACAGGAGUUCUGUUCACACGAGAUGUGGGGAUAAGGGAGGCGGUGUUUGAAGGAGACUUAUUAAUCAUUUGCAAGGCCCUUCAGAGGGAGGGUGAGGCCUUCUCGUCCACACACAACGUACUGGCAGUAACAUUGGAGCAAGCUUUAGGUUUUAGAAGUUCUUACUUCUCUCAUGUAAAAAGACAGGGAAAUGUCCCUCCUCACUUGUUGGCACAAUACGUAAAGGAGGUUGAGAACUAUGUAGUUUGGCUAGAGGAAUGCCCUAACUUUUUAGAGCACGCGUGUGCUCAAGAUUUGUUUGUAGUCUCUCAUUCCUGA